CAGCUUCAUUAUGGGGUUUAACGUAUUGUUCAUUGUGCUAGGCGUGACUUUGUCGUUUUUUCUCCUAGCUAUACUACGCAAGUACUUGAUUGUACCAAAAGCGAAUUGGAAGCAAACUAUAGAAAAUGUCAUAUCCAAAGGUACCGGGAAUUCGCCAGUGGCCAUAGAUGCUGGACUCAGACGUUCAAGUUAUAGACGGAGAUUGAUCAUUGCCAGUGACAAACCAAGUCAUUAUUCAAAUCAUUUAUCUAACAAAAUCACAAUUCCUGCUUCAGAUCAAAAUGAAAAAUUUGUUGCCAAAUUAGAGCCUAGUGCAAGGCAGCAAGAAAGACGUGUUCUUUAUGGAUUCUUUCACCCAUAUGCUAAUAAUGGUGGUGGUGGAGAACGUGUACUUUGGCAAGCAGUGAAAUCUACUUUGGAGCAAAGUGAGAAUAAUAUAGUCGUGAUUUACACUACGAAUGUUGAGGCUUCCCCUGAAGCAAUUGUUGACAAGGUUGAAUCCAAGUUCAAAAUAUCGGUGGAUAAAUCAAGAAUAGUGCUCAUUUACUUGUCUAGAUUUGCUUCACUAAUUGAUUCCAAUUAUUGGAAACAUUUUACAUUGUUGGGCCAACUAGUAGGAACUAUGUUAUUAACAUGGGAAGCAAUUAAUGAAUUGUCGCCUGAUGUUUGGAUUGACACUAUGGGAUUACCCAGUAGUUAUUUGUUGAUUUAUUAUAUUUUAAAGAUCCCGAUUUUAACCUAUACACAUUAUCCUAUAAUUCAAGAAGAUAUGUUUGGUAAGUUAAAGUUUUCAAAUAUGACUGUGUGUGAUAUCAGAUCGUUAAGUGAUGUUAAACUGGCUAUAAAAUUUAUGUAUUGGUCGGGAUUGUAUUAUUUUUAUAAAUACUUGGGAAGUUUGGUUGAUAUCAUUUUAGCCAACGGAACUUGGACGUUUAACCAUUUGGAGAAGAUUUGGUAUAAUCCGAAAUUGGGACAUCAAUUACAGAUUUUAUACCCACCUUGUGGGACCGAAGAAACAGAAACAACAUUGGAUCCUAGUUUGCGUGAGAAUAAAAUGGUAUACUUGGCGCAAUUUAGGCCGGAAAAGAGGCAUGAAGUGAUUCUUAACGAAUACAAUCAGUUCCUUAAAAAGAACUAUCCAGAAGUAACUGAACCCACACCAGAAAUCCCCACCAUUGUGUUUGUAGGUUCGUGUCGAACUCUGGACGAUACAGCUACAUUAACUAAACUUAAAACACAAGUUGAAAAAUUGAAUUUACAAAAGUUUGUUGAGUUUGCUGUGGAUGUAAGCUAUAAAGAAGUGAUUAUGUGGUUGCAAAAAUGUCAAUUUGGUUUGAAUGCCAUGUGGAAUGAGCAUUUUGGAAUAGGUGUAGUGGAAUAUAUGGCCAAUGGUGCUAUUCCUAUAGUGCAUGCAUCUGCAGGACCGUUGUUGGAUAUUGUCACUAAUCCCGGUGCCGAAGGCGAGAACAAGGUGUGGUAUAAUGAUGUAGGAUUCUUUUUCAAGUGUUUUGAAGAUCCGGAUUUGGAUCCACUGAUUCAGUCAGGCAGUGGGACUCGUGUAAAUUUCAAAUCACGAGAUGGACAAGUAGUAGAGUAUCCUACAUUUAGUCAGAUGUUGACAGAUCUAUACUUGAGUUUCCCUGACUUGGUCAAGGAUGAGAGAUUGGGCAAAGUCAGAACUGCAGGGAGACUACUGGUUAUAGAAAGGUUUUCUAACCUGGCGUUCGAUGUGAAAUGGAAGACAUGUCUCGAAAAGCUAGCCCAGUUAGAAUCAAAGUAUAGACAAGAGAGAUGACACGAUGGCCAACGCUAUUACUAAGUCUGUGUCGAUUAUGUAUAGAAGAUAAUCUGUAUAGAAGAUAAUAAUAGAAGUAAACAACACGCGGUCGUGC